GCCAAAUGACAUGCUUCUGCAUGAUCUCUGAGAAUAAAAGAGCCAGAAUUAUAACCCGUAAUUAUCAUUACACCUGGGAUAUAUAUCAUGCAAGAUAAAAAGCUGGAAGACGAAGACAAGGUGAUAAGGAGGACACCAUAUGUAAAGAAAGCAGGGGAGUUGGGUCGGUUGGAGGAACGACACAGCGAAUUUUAUCAGUUUAAUGAACCAUGGCGCUUCGUCUCCAGCCGUCCCUUAUCCCUCCUCCCUCCGCUAAACCCCCCAAAAACCCUAACCCUAAACCUAGGACCGCAUGCACUCCUCUCCGGCCCCUCUCCCCGACCGUUCUCUCCUCCUCCACCUUGGCUGUCGCGGGCGGCGACGCGGGCCUCCGCUUCCGCGAGAAGCUCCUCUACCUCGAGCACGACCUCGGCGUCGACUCCUCCAAGGCCCUCUCCCUCAACCCCGCCCUCCGCGCCGCCCCCCUCUCUUCCCUCUGCUCCAUCGCCGACUUCCUCGCCUCCUUUGGCCUCCGACCUGCCGACUCCGGCCGCAUCUUCUCCAUGUACCCCCAUCUCCUCACCUGCGACCCGUCCGCUGACCUCCGCCCCGUCUUCGACUUCCUCCUCGGCCCCACCGACAUCCCUUCCGCCGACAUCCGCAAGGCCGUCGUCCGCUGCCCCCGCCUCCUCGUCUCCAGCGUCCCAGGCCAGCUCCAGCCCGCCCUUUACUUCCUCCGGCGGCUCGGCUUCGUCGGGCAGCAUCGAAUCAGCUGCCAGACCACCGUUCUCCUAGUGUCCAGCGUCGAGGGCACCCUCAUCCCUAAGCUGGACUACCUCCAGAGCCUGGGAUUCUCCUCCUGGGAGACGAAAAAGAUGGUCUUGAGGUCGCCGGGACUAUUGACGUUUAGCAUCGAGAACAACUUCCGGCCAAAGGUGGCAUUUUUGGUGAGGGAGAUGGGGAGAGAGAUUUCGGAGCUGAAGGAAUUCCCGCAGUACUUCUCAUUUAGCCUGGAGGGGAAGAUUAAGCCCCGGCAUCAGAUGUUGGUGGAGAAUGGGUUCUCGAUGCCGCUGUCUGAGAUGCUGAAGGUCAGUGAUGGAGAGUUCAGGCAACGGUUGGUGGAGAUGCGGCUGAACCCUGUUGGCGAGAAGUUGUAGCUCAUAUUGAUCCUCAUAUUUGGUUUGCAGAUAUUUCAGAUAUAACAUACUUGCAGCCUUCACUGGUGAGCUCUAGCUGGGCUAUAUGCAUGAACACCAGCCUCAGUACCCAGAAUCUUGCACCUGUAGUGCUACAUCCCGAGGAGAAAAAGAGAGGUUCCUUUGGAAUUUUGCUCCUGAACCUGCAUCAAAAAGCACCCUCUUUGUGUAAAUUUAUUUGAGAACCUUGAUUCCUCAUUCGAGCAGGCAUUCCUGACUUAAAUAACUGUUGGAUAACACCCUUAACUGUCUGUGCAUUUGAAUUUCUACAUAGUUACAUAACAGUUCGAUAUUAAGCUUCAUU